GCUCAACAGGGAUGCUGCUGAGGAGUCCUGUGCCCUCAUCUGUCAGGUCUUCCAGAUCACCUAUGGGGACCAGAGCAUCGAGUGUGUAGACCGGGCUGGCUACCACUACACAUCCACACCAGAACGGCCAUGGCUCAGCAGCCGCAGCGAGAGCUGCCGCACAGAUGGGACCUAUGCCUACGACGCCGACUUCAGCUGCUGCAGCUCCUUCAGCAAUGGCUCCCAGGACACGUUUGAGGCGUGUUGCAGCAGUACGUCCACGCCUUCUUUCCAUGGCUCCCACUGCAGCGGCAGCGAUCGAAGCGGCCCCGGCUUUGAGCAGUUACAGGAUUACAUGAUCACGUUGCGGAGUAAGCUGGGGCCCCCUGAGAUCCAGCAGUUUGCUCUGCUCCUGCGGGAAUACCGGCUGGGGCUGCCCAUCCAGGAUUACUGUGCGGGCCUGCUGAAGCUCUACGGAGACCGGCGCAAGUUUCUCCUCCUUGGGAUGCGGCCCUUCAUCCCGGACCAGGACAUCGGCUACUUCGAGGGCUUCCUGGAGGGCGCGGGCAUCCGCGAGGGCGGCAUCCUGACCGACAGCUUCGGCCGCAUCAAGCGCAGCAUGAGCUCCACCUCGGCGUCGGCCGUGCGCAGCUACGACAGCGCGGCCCAGCGGCCCGAGGAGCAGACCUUCCACCGGCUGCUGGCGGACAUCACGCAUGACAUCGAGGCACUGGCCCCCGACGACGACGACGACCAGGACGAAGCCUGCCACGACGUCCACGAGUCCCCGGGUGGGGGCGACACGGGCGAGGACAACUACCUCUAAGCCGCCGGCUGCGCCUCCCUGCAGUACUGAGAGCGUCCUGCAGGGGGCGCGCGAGGCCGGCGCUGUCAGCACGGGGAAUCCCAUUCUGCUUGGGUCCCACUCAGCCCAGGACUCUAGUCCUCCUCGAGGCCACUCAGCUUUCUGAUGUCUGCAAGGUCAAAAUGGCCUCCACCUGCUGGUAGACAGAAAAGAACUCCCGGUAAAUUCCCCAAGCACACAAAGCAAAAUGUAAUAUAAGAAAAAUAAUAUUUCCAAACGCCUCUGCUCAUCCUACUUUACAGAUUAGAAAGCUAGGGUUUUUUAAAAAAGA